CAUCAACUGUCAGCUGUGCGCGAAUGAAAUUAUUUUGUUGCAUAUAUUCGACGGUCGCUCUUGCUUUUCACGGUUAAAAACAUCAACACAACGCGAUGUGGUUCGAAAUUUUACCUUCUUUCGGCAUCGUGACCGUCUUUAUGUCCGUUCCUGGAUUUGCUAUGUACGGUUUGCACAAGCUAGUACUGGGAAAUGCUUACCGGCGUAAUACUGACGAGAGAUGGGAACGCGUCAUGUAUGUAAGGGAUAUGAGGCUCACUGGUAAUCCCUACCAAGGCAAUGGAUUGGAAUCUAUUCCGGAUAAAAACUAAAAACAUGAUUUAAAAUUAUCAUUCACAGUAGAAUAAAAAGGAGUGAGGAAAACGAAAUAUGAGUAUUUUGAACUUAAUAAUCUGUAACAAUAAUAGGUCAUGGCUUUUAAAUUAUUUGACCACUGGUUUACACAACCUUAUAGAAGGAUAGUUCAAUGAUUUCUGAAUUGAUAAAACAGUUUUCAAGCUGAAA